AUGUCGUGCCGCUCCUACCGAGCCAGCUCUAGUCGCCAUGCAGGCAAUUUCAGCUCUUGCUCAGCAGUGGUUCCCCAGAACCUGAACCGCUUCCAGGCCAGCUCUGUCUCCUGCAGGAGUGGGUCCAGCUUCCGAGGCUCUGGAGGCUUUGGUAGUCGGAGUGUCAUCACCUAUGGAUCAUGCUCACCCAGGAUAGCAGCUGGAGGCCCUCGUCCCAUUCGCUGUGGAGUUGGCUUUGGUGCUGGUAGUGGACGGGCCUUUGGCUAUAGUAAUGGGUAUGGUGCUAGCCUAGGGUUUGGGGCUGGCAGUGGUGUUGGUCUGGGCUUUGGAGCAAGCAGCUGCCUUGGCUAUGGCUUUGGUGGCCCUGGCUUUGGCUACAGAGUUGGAGGACUUGGAGUCCCAGCAGGCCCAUCUAUCACAGCAGUGACAGUUAACCAGAGCCUACUAACCCCUCUCAACCUGGAGAUUGACCCCAAUGCGCAGAGGGUGAAGAGGGAUGAGAAGGAGCAAAUCAAGACCCUCAACAACAAAUUUGCCUCCUUCAUUGACAAGGUGCGGUUCCUGGAACAGCAGAAUAAGCUUCUAGAGACCAAGUGGAACUUCCUCCAAGAGCAGAAAUGUGCCAGGAGCAACCUGGAGCCCCUCUUUGAGAACUACAUCACCAACCUGAAGAGGCAGCUGGAUGUAGCCAACAGUGACCGGGCUCGUCUAGAGGCUGAGAGGAACAACAUGCAGGAUGUCCUUGAGGGUUUCAAGAAAAAGUACGAGGAGGAGGUGGGAUUCCGGGCCAACGCUGAGAAUGAGUUUGUGGCUCUGAAGAAGGAUGUGGAUACAGCCUUCUUAAAGAAAUCUGAUCUAGAGACCAACGUGAACACCCUAGCUCAGGAAAUUGAUUUCCUGAAAACCCUGUACAUGGCGGAAAUUGAGUUGCUGCAGUCACAUAUUUCAGAGACAUCGGUCAUCGUGAAGAUGGACAAUAGCCGGAACCUGGACUUGGAUGGAAUCAUCUGCGAAAUCAAGGCCCAGUAUGAAGAGGUUGCCAGGCGCAGUCGGGCUGAUGCUGAGGCCUGGUACCAGACCAAGUAUGAGGAGAUGCAGGUGACAGCUGGCCAACACUGUGACAACCUGCGCAACACACGGAAUGAGAUCAGUGAGCUGACCCGCCUGAUCCAGAGGCUGAAGGCAGAGAUCGAGCACGCCAAGGCUCAGCGAGCCAAGCUGGAGGCCGCGGUGGCAGAGGCAGAACAGCAGGGUGAGGCAGCCCUCAAGGAUGCCAAAUGCAAGCUGGCCGAGCUGGAGGGUGCCCUGCAGCAGGCCAAGCAGGACAUGGCAAGGCAGCUGCGCGAGUACCAGGAGCUGAUGAAUGUCAAGCUGGGCCUGGACAUCGAGAUCGCCACCUACAGGCGCCUGCUGGAGGGCGAGGAGAUCCGGAUCUGCGAAGGUGUUGGACCAGUAAACAUAUCCGUGAGCAGCUCCCGCGGUGGCACGGUGUGUGGACCUGAGCUCCUGGCCACCAGCUCCACCCUCUCCCGCAGCGGAGUCGCCUUCUCCAGCGGCAGCAUGUCUUCUGGCGGCCUGUGUGGCUCCAGCCUGGGUGGCACCCAGGUUGUCAUGGGCGGCGGGAACCUGCUGAACACAGGCUCCCGGGCAGGCUCCGGCUCAGUGCUCCUGGGGGGGGCCUGCACCCCCAGCGUCCCCUGCCCGCUGCCCGCCGAGGGUGGCUUUAGUAGCUGCAGUGGGGGCCGCAGCAUCCGAGGUUCCAGCGUCCGCUUCGUGUCCACCACCACCUGCCGCCAGUCCAAGUACUGA